AUGAUGGCGCUACAGCUGAAGCACGGGGAUGCAGCGUACUACCAGAGUGCAGAGUACUGCAGAAAUUACACUUCGCCGCCUGUCAGCUACGGUGACAGCAGCCAUUAUCUCCCCCGUUUGCCAGGCCCUGAGACCAUGUUAAAGCCUCCGCUCAGUCUCUUCAGCCAUCCACAUCAACCUUUCCAUCAUAUGGACUCUCUGCACCAGCUGGGACCUCCACCAAUGGCGCCUACACAGCCUCUCGGCCCACCACCAAUGGCCCCUGCUCAAGCAAUUGGACCCCCAACUAUGGCUCCCACCCAGACCCUUGGGCCCCCUCCAAUCACUGCUACUCACACCUUAAGGCCUCCACCUAUUACCCCCACACACAGUUUAGGCCCUCCUCCAAUGGCUCCCCCACAGCCACUGGGGCCUCCACCAAUGGCACACACCUUGGGGCCACCACCGAUAGACCACACACAAGCAAUGGUGCCUUCAGCCAUGGACCUCACACAACCAUUGGGGCCUCCACCUCUGAAUCCUGCACAUGCACUGAUGCCCCCACCUGUAGUGGCGCCCGGAGCUGGCAGAUACCCGCUCCCUCCAAGCCCCCUAUCCUGCCCUCUCGCUCCAGUCCCAGACCACUCACAGCUACCCCCAAGGCCCCCAGGACCGGUCCUCAUCCCAGCCCCAGUGUCCGGUCUCAUACCCGGUCCUCUCCCGGGUCAGGCAGCCCCAGCCAGCGAGCAGCCACAGGACGAGGGCUCUCCACUGGGCAUGGAGGAGCAGGAGGACUCUCUGGGGCUGGAAGAACUGUGUAAACCGCUGUACUGUAAACUCUGCAACGUUACCCUCAACUCCGCUCAGCAGGCACAGGCUCACUACCAGGGGAAGAACCACAGCAAAAAGCUGAGAAAUUUCUACGCUGGUAGUCAACAGCCGCCUGCCAUCAGGAUCCCAGAGUCCCUCGAGGCGGAUGGCCAGACGGCCCUUGGCUCAGGGUCCACCGACGGUGACACUGGGAAGCAGGCACUGUAUAAGGGGGCUACACGGGUCAUUUUGGCCACAGAGAACGACUAUUGUAAGCUGUGUGAUGCCUCCUUCAGCUCGCCGGCAGUUGCACAGGCCCACUACCAGGGCAAGAACCACGCCAAGAAACUGCGGCUCGCUGAGGCUCAGCAGAACACCAACAUGGAAGGCAGUAGUGAAGCAACCCCAAGAAGAAACAGGAAAGAUGGCAGUGAAUACAGACUGGUGAAAAAUCGUCGUAGCCAACAGCUACCUCCCUCCAUGCCAGGGCCAUAUUACAACCCCAGACCAAGGCAGCGCAUCCCCAGGGACUUAGCUAUGUGCGUGACCCCCAGCGGACAGUUCUACUGCUCCAUGUGCAACUGCGGGGCCGAACAGGAAACAGACUUCAGGCAACAUCUGGAGAGCAAGCAGCACAAAGCUAAAGUAUCCGAGUUAAGAUACCGCAACGAGAUGGAGAACCUGGGCUACAGCUAA